UAUAAGUACUAGCCAUUGGCUUUCAAAACUUUAAAACCAAUUUAGAAAAAAAAAAUGGCCUUCACACUACUUUUUGUGUGUCUUUCUUUCUUACCCAUAAUUUCUUCUUAUCUUUUAAGUUAUGGUGGGGCUGUAGAUAAUGUCCUUCCACCACCAUUAUUGGGAAACACUGAAUUUGAUAUACCAGCAUUAUACGUAUUUGGUGACUCGUAUGUGGAUGCUGGAAACAACAACUUCAUUCCAACCAAGUCCAGAGCCAACUAUUUCCCGUAUGGCAUAGACUUUGGUGGCGCACCUACUGGCCGUGCCACCAAUGGCAGAACGGUGGUUGAUUUCAUUGCCCAUGUUACUGGCCUUCCAUUUCCUCCUCCAAUGCUUGGCAUGUCAAAGGCUGGGAGGAAAAAAACUCUUACAGGAGUGAAUUACGGGUCCGCUGGUAGUGGCAUACUUCAUUCUCCCCCAAUCGCGGAACAACUUUUUGGGCAUGUCUUAAGCUUCGAGGAACAAGUCUCCUUGUUCAAGAACACAAUCAUGGACUUGAAGGAUCAGUUUGACUGUGCAGAAAGCUUUGGGUUUUAUUUGUCAAAAUCGUUAUUUUUUAUCCACAUAGGAAGCAAUGACUUGGGUUUAUUCUGGGAUUUGGGGAGACAAUCCAUUGGUGUUGAGAAAUAUCCUAAACUCCUCUCAGAAGAAUUGUCCAAGCAGUUGCAGGCACUAUAUCAACUUGGUGCACGCAAGUUUUUUGUCAACAAUGUGUCUCCACUAGGAUGCCUACCCUUCAACAUAAACAAAGUGAAGCCCAAGACACCAUGUUUUGAGGAAUUAAACAGGCGAAUCUCUACCUACAACCUGCUCCUUCCAGGUUUACUAGCAGAUCUGGAGUCCUCCCUUCCAGAAUCUAAAUUCAUUCUUGGAGAUCUUUUCAAGCUUUUCGAAGAUGUUUAUGCAUCUCCAAGAACAUAUGGGUUUAGGAACAUAAAAGAUUCUUGCUGCAUUGAUGUGAAUCGAAAUGGUACUGGACCAUGUGCGCCCAACUUGGAGCCAUGUCUGGACAGGGAAACUCAUGUGUUUUUCGAUCCCUUUCACAUCAGUGAAAGAAUGCAUUUCAUAUGGGCGAGGACCUCCUUGAAGAGCUGGGCUAGCAAAAUGUGA